AGAAAACACUGAACUGGGGCUGAAACUGAAACAGGGCAAGACUCGUAAAGAAAAAAAAAAGGAGUGCAGCUUCUUGCUCUCCUUCUUUCUCACAAUUUCCUGUUUAAGGAGGCCAUUUUGUAACUUAGCCGGCGGGGGAAGAGCACAACAAAAGUUUGCCAUUUGUUUUUGUGUUCUCUCCCACGCCCCGGGGAGUUCCACAGUCAUACAUUUGGACUUUCUCCUCUGCAGAGCGGCUUCUUCUGGACGAGGAGGGAAGGAGAGGGAAGGAGGUGGGGGAGGACGAGCAGCAGGAGGGUUGGUUUUUCUCCCUCAGUGUGUGUUUUCUCUCGAGUCUCACACACACUCUGCUCAUGCCUGUCAUGCCUGGGCAGUAACAGAGGUCUGACAACGAGAAAGAGAGAGAGAGAGAGAGCGACAGAGGAGGAAAAGACACCGCUUCCUGGAUAAGGAUUUCUUCCUUAAUCCACUGGGAGGGGGUGGACACAGGACACAGAGGAACCAGGACUCUACUCAGUGUUUGUGUGUGUGUGUGUGUGUGUGUGUGUGUGUGUGUCUUCAUGUUUCAGUGUGUGUGCCCCUCUCUCCUCCACUGAGACAGUUUGAAUGAGUGUGGGCUCUCUGGGAACUCCAGCUGGGCGUGUUUGUGAGAGUGUGUGCUGAGAGGCCGCCAGCGGACAGGACCCUGAAUGGCUAACGCGAGCCCAUGUAUGCCCUCGGGGGCCAUGGCCCAGGUCUUCUUUCCUCCAGGGGGCUCCUCGCCACCAGGCCCAGCCAUGAUACAUCAGACCCCCAUGCCCAUGCCCUCGAUUCCCCCUCAGGGAGGAUUUCCUGUGAUGGAGCUGACAGCAUGGCAGGGUCCUGGUGGGGCUGCGAUGCCCUCAGGGCCUCCCACUCCAGCGGGGGUGUCCUUCAUCAUCCAGAUCGGCCUGACCAGAGAAUCUGUCCUGAUGCCUCAAACCUCCGACCUGGCCUAUGUCAAACAAAUCGCCUGCUCCAUUGUUGACACCAAGUUCCCAGAGUGUGGAUUCUACGGCAUUUACGACAAGAUCUUGCUGUUCAAACAUGACACAACCACCAACAACAUCCUGCAACUGGUCAAAGCUGCUGGUGACAUCCAGGAAGGAGAUCUGGUGGAGGUGGUGCUCUCUGCGGCGGCCACAUUUGAAGAUUUCCAAAUUCGGCCCCACGCACUCAAUGUGCACUCGUACCGGGCCCCGGCCUUCUGCGAUCACUGCGGAGAGAUGCUGUUCGGUCUGGUCAGACAAGGGCUCAAAUGUGACGGCUGUGGACUGAACUACCACAAACGCUGUGCCUUCAGCAUCCCCAACAACUGCAGCGGGGCUCGCAAACGGCGCCUCUCCACCACCUCCCUGAGCAGCAGCCAGUCCCUGCGGCUCUCCACCACCGACUCGGUGUACAGCGUGGGGACGGCCUCCACCUGCACAGAGGAGGCCACUCUCAUCCGCUCACACACACAGAUGCCGCGGACACCUAGUGAAGCCCGGCGCUUCUACACUGGCCGGCCCGUUCACCUGGACAAGAUCCUUAUGAGCAAGGUGAAGGUGCCCCACACGUUCGCCGUGCACUCGUACACGCGGCCGACCGUGUGCCAGUACUGCAAGAGGCUUCUCCGGGGGCUGUUCAGGCAGGGCUUACAGUGCAAAGACUGCAAGUUCAACUGCCACAAACGUUGUGCGUACAAGGUUCCAAAUGACUGCCUUGGGGAGACUAUCGGAGACAACAGAAGUAACUGCGACAUGUUGAGUCCCAGUGCGGACCCUGAGGUGCCCAUGGACUACACCAGUGACUACGACACCUCGGACAAGUCUUCAAUGGAUGACUCAGACGAGGCCUGCAGCAUCCCGGGGUCCUUUUCUCCUGAGAACAACCAGGACGGAGCCAGCGGCGAUCAGAGUGUUUACAUCCCGUUGAUGAGGGUGGUGCAGUCGGUGAGACAGACGACCCGUCGAUCCAGUACGGCGAUCAAAGAAGGAUGGAUGGUUCACUACAGCAAUAAGGACACACUGAGAAAGAGGCACUACUGGCGUCUGGACUGCAAGUGCGUCAUACUGUUCCAGAACAACACCUCCAACAAAUACUACAAGGAGAUCCCUCUGUCUGAGAUCCUGGAGGUUCGUCCCGCUGGUAGCUUCACCCUUGUGCCCCCAGGCACCAAUCGGCACUGCUUCGAGCUCAUCACAGGCGCUAUGUGCUAUUUCGUAGGGGAGGACCCCAACACCCUCUCCGCCGUGCUACCCAGCAACCCCCAGGCUCUCCCCCAAACCCCUCCCUCACCCAGCCAAGUGGCGCCCAAUAGCGGCAUUGGUCUCGAAGUGGCCAAGGCGUGGGAGAGCGCCAUUCGCCAGGCCCUCAUGCCUGUCAUCUUUCAGGAUGCGCCGCCGGCUGAGGGGAACACAACUCAUAGACAAGCCUCUAUCAGCAUAUCAGUGUCUAACAGUCAAAUCCAAGAGAACGUGGAUAUUGGAACGGUGUACCAGAUUUUUGCUGAUGAAGUGCUGGGAUCUGGGCAAUUUGGAGUAGUGUAUGGAGGAAAACACAGGAUGACGGGGCGGGACGUAGCGGUCAAAGUCAUCGACAAACUUCGCUUUCCCACCAAGCAGGAGAGCCAGCUGAGGAACGAGGUGGCCAUACUGCAGAGUUUGCGUCACCUCGGCAUCGUGAACCUGGAGUGCAUGUUCGAGACCCCGGAGAAAGUGUUUGUGGUGAUGGAGAAGCUCCACGGUGACAUGCUGGAGAUGAUCCUCUCCAGUGAGAAGGGCCGACUGCCUGAGAGGCUCACCAAGUUCCUCAUCACACAGAUUCUCGCAGCUCUGAGGCAUCUGCACUUUAAAAACAUCGUUCACUGUGAUCUGAAACCAGAGAAUGUGCUGCUUGCCUCCGCGGAUCCCUUCCCCCAGGUGAAGCUGUGUGACUUUGGCUUUGCCCGCAUCAUCGGCGAGAAGUCUUUCCGCCGCUCGGUGGUUGGCACCCCGGCGUACCUGGCCCCCGAGGUGCUGCUGAACCAGGGCUACAACCGUUCACUGGACAUGUGGUCGGUGGGCGUCAUCAUGUACGUCAGCCUGAGUGGAACGUUCCCGUUUAAUGAGGAUGAAGAAAUCAAAGAUCAGAUCCACAACGCAGCCUUCAUGUACCCGCCCAACCCCUGGAAGCAGAUCUCUAGUGAUGCAACCGACCUGAUCAACAAUCUGCUGCAAGUUAAGAUGAGGAAACGCUAUAGUGUGGACAAGAGUCUCAGUCACGUGUACUUGCAGGACUAUCAGGCGUGGCUGGACCUGCGGGAACUGGAGACGAAACUGGGCGAGCGUUACAUCACCCACGAGAGUGAUGACAGCCGCUGGCAGAUGUUUGCCCGGGAGCACACCCUGCCGUACCCGUCUCACCUCGUGCCCCCUCCCACCGGGCCGGGCUCUGACGACGAGGAGGGCGCGGAGGAUGCGGACGUGCAGGGCCUCACGGAGAGGGUCAGCAUCCUCUGACCAGAGACACUGACGACUCGACAAACCGUUUAGGAAGGAGGAGGGAGCUGGAGAUGUUUAACCUUGAGACAUUGAGUUGCUGUUUGGUCUUUCACAGCACGGCGUCUGCUGUGUGCCGGCAACAUUACAGCAACACAUCCAGUUUCUCACCUCCAGACUGAGUUCAUCUAAACUCCCCCUCCGAUCAAUUACCUCUGCUGUGAUUGGUUCUCUGUAAUCUUCUGAAAUGUUGGACUCUUUCAUAUUGAAAACUGCUCAACUCUGUAAAACGAUGACCUGCGGAGUCUUUGAUGUAAAAUUGGUGUCAAAACUUUGAAUCCUAAUUUGCCACACAAAUUUAAAACAAAAUCUAAUUACUCUUUUAUCCGCUCAACAGAAUGCUUCUUUUCACACUUGAGCGAUCAAGAGAAGAAUCUGUGGUGGGUUUUUUAAAAAGGUAUUUUUAUAUAAACGGAUGUGAGUUUAUAUUUACAACAAACUGCCUUAAAGAAGUCGCGUUUGUAUUUAGCAUCAUUCAGUUCGACUGACUGGACUCUCACUCCAUCUUAUGUCUUAAUUACAAAUGCACUUUAAAGUGACAAAAGACUUCCUCUGCGCUGGUAUUAUCCCUAAUGUGCCCCGGUGGCGUCGAACCCACCCGAUCUCACAAAUGCAUUUAUCAUAAAUUCAUGUGCUGUAGCGGAAAACUGAAAGCAUUGAUCCUGUGACGGGAAAUCCUCCAGUUAUUAGCACUUGAGGUUUGAACCUCAACUGACUAAAAGAAAAUGUACGUGGUUAAAGAGGCAUUGUGGGUUUAAAUGAACUCGAUCACCGGGGCUGUUUGUUACCUGACGUGACUCCACAGCUUUCUGACCGAUGUCUCUAUCUGCAGCCAACGGAAUUAGCCUCAUGGCUGCUCCUGAAAUGUAAAACCCGCUUCCCCCGUGUUGAGGCGCCCGCUCUCACUUCAUCUCAGAAGUCAAUAAGUUGUGUGUUCCAGUGGCGAAUGACACGUCCUUAAGGUUGCCUGUACAUAAGAUUCACCUAGUGUCCAUGAUGAGAAGAUUCUAUCUAGUUCAAUUAUCGGCUACCUGUAAUGUUGCAUGUUUCUGUCAAGUAGAGUUAUUUAGAGACAAUUUAAAACAUACUGUCGUUAUGAAGGUCUAUUAUACGCAUGUGUAACCUGAACUUGAUAUAGUUGUCAAAUAUGUGUAGACUGUGUUUAACAUGUUUGAAUGUUGAUCCUAGCCUUUGUCACAUAUAAUACAAACAUUGAACAAUA